AUUUUGAAUAAGUGCACGAAGCCACGGUCGGUUACAAACACCACAGAAGAGCUGAGUGCUAACGAAGCUAACGCUAACAACAACGACGCUAACGCAGAUAUUUACAUCUAAAACCCAGUCGGGGUCGCGAAGAAGAAUGAAAUGUCUAAAAACAGAUGAUUAUGUCCAGAGGAUAUCUUGUGUAAAGGACACUGUGAUUCUUCACGAUGAGCUGAAGAAACAUAUAAAGGACGGCCUGGGACCGUUCGGCCGGACGGCGUGCGAUCGGAUCAUUCGUGCCUGCAACCAGCGUCUCGGCGGAGGAGGAGGUCUAGAUCCAGAGCUUCAGGAGCGCCUGGUGGAUCUUGUGGAGCUGGCCACGCUGGGGUACGGAUCUGUCACAGAACAAGGAGUACAGUGUUCCUCACUUUAUCUGGAGAAGAUUAUCUUCCACAUUCUUCAGAAGCUGGUGACAUGUGAAGCUCAUGCUGCUGCAGGUCGACUGGGGGAGUUCAUGUAUGUCAGACUGCAGGGAGCAUCCUUACAGGCUGAAGACUUCAGUGUUCUGGUGCGGAACUGUUUCGCCGUCCUGUGGAACCGCUCGAGCGGUGCUCAGGCCUCCAGCCUAUCGCCCAGAGAGAGACUCGUUGGGCAGCUGCAGGCUCUGCGUUUCCGUCUGUUGGAGGAAACGUCCUCCACCUCGUCUAAGGUCCCUCUGUUUGUGGAGGAGGCGCUGAACGAGUACGAGCGUUCGUGUGGAAGCUUGUCUCAGGACGAUGCUGUGUUUUUGCUCUCUGAGUUCCGGACACAUUUUCUGAGCUCACACGUGGAGCGGGAUCACACUCUGACUCAACCCCUGCUGGCUGUGAGGUGUGAGACGGUGGUGAAGGUGUGCAAGCCGCUGUGUAAGAACAGACUGUGGGAUGCAGCGGCACGUCUGGUGGACGGAUCGCUGGAGUGCGUGCGGAAGCUGGCGAAGGGCUUGUGCCCGGUGCUGGACUUGGCGAGUCGGGCGGUGCGACUGCAUCAAGACUUCGGCUCCUGUGGGGAAUGCAGCAAAGUGUUCACAGACUGCGCUCGCAUCCUCAGAGCUCUGCCUGAUGUUCUCAGUGAUACAGAAAGCCAUGCCCUGUUAGAGGCGUGUCAGCUGGUUGUCUGGGUGACGGAAGCAGGGCAGACAAAAGGGAUGGGCAGAGCUACGCUGCUGGCCAGUUUUUCCUUUUGGGAGGAAUAUCAGGAGUUUCUAAUCAAACAGCAAAAGAGAUCGUUCUCACAGCAGCUGCAGUAUUCUCUGUGCUUCAGUCUAUACCAGGGCUUCAUCAGCACAUACGACAGUUUACACAACUCACAGGACACGGUUGUUGAAUUUCUGGACAGAAUUGUGUUAUACUGCCAGUCUACACUGGGACGCAUGAUGACUGAACUUCGCAUACUGUCCAAUGACGGCUUCUUCCUGAAAGCAGUGUGUGUGGUGAACAAUGUGGUGUAUGAGUUAUUUAACAGGAAGCUGUAUAAGGAAGCCUACGGACUGGUGGAGAUUAUAUGCCAGGAGCUGAGUAAAGACUGUCCAUCGUCUUUCCCUGUGGACAGAGUGAACCGCUGCUUCAUGCUAGCAGUGCAGUCCAGUCGGCGAGCGUCUCAGCUAGACCGAGCUCUAGAUUGGGUGGUGCGCUGGAUUCAGGUUUUAGGUUCUCGGGUUCUGGAUCAUCUUACAGAACCGGUGUCACUGUGGGUCAAAACCAAGUGCGACGCUGCCCGGGCCGGCGAGGAGGAAACACGCCUCAGAACCCUGAGGGAUGGCAUGGGAACAGUGACCGUGGACGAGGAGGUGUCACUGCGUCUCCUGGAGGAGGAGCUGCGGAUGUAUAAAGAGCAGAGCGGAGACACUGCACAGGAGCGCUAUAACACACUCUGCGACCUCCUGGAUAUCUGCCACGAGGAAACCACACACACUCUCCGUCGUGCCUCUUACCUGUGUGAGAUGGCUCAGGUGGUGUGUUACCGGGACUUCAGCGAACAGACCGACUGUUCUGCAGCUGAUUUUGUCCAAGAGGCUUUGCGCUUGUUGGAGGAGGAGCCAGAGACAGCGGAGAACUGUGAUAGGCUGAAGGAUGAAAAGGCUCACGCUUCUCUCUGGCUCUACAUCUGCAUGCUUGAGGCCAAUCUGCAGGAGGCGGUGGACACAGAGAAGCGUCUGCGUGCAGUGCAGGAGGGCAGUAAGACAUCUGCUGGUGCUGAUCUUGAAGCGAUUCCCACUAACGAUCUGGAGUAUGAAGACAAGCAGAAGCUCCAGGAGAGCCAGCUGGUGUACGAUGGACUGCGCUUCAAUCUGUCUGAACACAACAAGCGCAUCAAGCCUUUAGAUAAGAGUUUAUCCCUCUGGACGACUCUACUGAAAAACGGCUCAGUACCUGCAGUGAGGGACCCUAAACACACCGCCAACUCCAUCCUGCUAAUGGCUGCCCUUUAUACACUCAUGGGCAAGUCGCUUCAGGCUCUGGAGUGUUAUCAGCUGGCUGCGUCUCUCCUGCGACUCCUCAGUGAUGUCCAGAACAGUGCUACUGCUUUGUUCCAUGCUGCUAAACUCCUCCUGGACUUGGGCUCUCCACAGCUCGCACAGGUGCAGUUGGAUCAGGCACAGAAUUGUUUAAAUACAGAUACAAACGCUGAGGGAGUGAAAAUCCUGUGUGUCACUAACACACUGCUCACAGCUCAACUGUGCUAUGCAUCAGGACAGGUGGAAGCAGGUGUGCACAGUCUGUGUGAGGUGUUGAAGGAAACUGCUCUGCAUCACUCUAAAAGCUGGUACAUGCUGAAGGCUCGAGCUCUGCAGACUGCCAGCGCUUACCUCAGUCUGGACACAAGGAUGUUGCACACACACCUGCGGCAGACCAUCGUGCAGCACGGGUUAAAGACUCCAGACACUGCUCAAUAUGAAGCAUUGAAGCUCCUGUGCAGUCUGGUGAUGAUGCUGCUGGGUAAUGGCUUUUACGGAGCUCCUGCUGUCAACACAGACACUCGGUUUGUAGAUCAAGGAGACAGUGUGGUGUUUAAAUGGCUGUUACUCAGUGAGGUGCUGCUCUGCUCUGAGAGGAUGGUGCGUUUGAGGUGCAGCGGAGGAACAGCUCAUGAAGCCAAGGCUCAGUGCCUAGAGGCCCUCAAACUUGCCACAAAACUGCACACACUCAGCCACUGUGCUGAGCUGUUGGUGUUGAAGGCUGAGUUGGAGUUGAUGAAAGGUGCAGGUGAAGCCAGUGUAUUAGAUCUGGAGCAGGUCAGACACUUACUGGAUCUUUGCACAGAUUUUGGACAUCAGCAGCACCAGAAGUCCAAGAUGAAGAUAAAACCUCGUAAAGGUCGACCGGUUGUGAAAGCCUCUGUCCAUGAGAUCCCUGAGGAGGAAGAGGAGGAUAUACGUGGGCUCCUAAGUUCUCGCUCGUUGGGCCGGGAAGCUUUAGAGGAGCUGUCUGAGUUGGGGCAGGAUGCGUCGCCCCCUCUGAAGCCCAAACGCCAGCGUGUGCUCUCCUGCCUGAGCCACGCUGAGACCUGCUCCUGUCCCUGCUGCACUGAACCUGGACUGGCUCGAGUCAGCGUGCUCUGGGCCCUGGCGCAGGCCGACACCCUGAGUGAGGCGCCAAAUUCACGUCGGCUCCGCCAGAUCGCUAAACUGCGCUGUCACAGUAUCGGCAUAAAGCUCCAAGCCCGCUUGGCAACACUGGUGUCCGUUAAAUGUCCGGGAAAGCCAUGCUUGCUGCAGCCAGAGGUUGUGAGGGUGCACCUGAGCACAGUGUUGACAGAGCUGUGCUGCAGCGUGGCUGAGACGAGGAAAACUGUCGCUUUGUGGGACGAGAUAGAGGCAGGACUGGAAGCUGUAGAGCCCAGAGGAGCACUGUUACCUGAGUUGGGGCCUCUGAAGGCGGCUCUGCUGGCGGCAAAAGCUGUGGCCUGCUGCUUGGCUCUGGCUGGAAAGAAGCAGUGUAGCCCUGAAGAGCUCUUAUCCUCCAUGUGGGGCUGGAAUCCUCCAACAGCUCCUAAAUUCAAAACACUGGUUAAACCCAGAGGAAAGAGCUCCAGCAGUGACAAACCUCUUCCAGCCACUGCGCCAUCAGCUAAGAAGCUGACGGAGAGCAAACUAGAGGUGUGUGUAGAGCCAGGGCGUAAAAAAAAUACAGAAGUUGCUAUCACUUCCUCAAAGAAAGCCAAGAGCUCCAUGCCAAAAAUCAUCACCGCAAAGCCUGCUAUGGUCUUCAAAACCCCCCGAACAUCUAGAACCCCCAGGCCCAGGUCUGUCUCAGUCGUGACUCCGGCUGGCGCGGCCACUAACUUGAGCGCGUUUGACUUCACCAAUGAGGUACCUGAUAUUGCAGUAAGCUCCACCCCUCUUCCUGCAGCCAGGGCCACACCCAGUAGCCGCUGUGGGGUCACGAGGUCAAAGGACAUUUCAAAGGGUUCCUUCCAGGUUUUUGAAGAUUCAUCACCUCUGCAAGAGAAACCUGUACCAGUUCCAGCUGCUCCGAAACGGACCAAACGCUCACGCUUUAAGGUGGAGUUUAGUGAUGAGAGCGACACUGAGGUGGCUGAUGCGCCAGAGACAAAAUCAGACAACAAGCGCUCCGUGUCCUCUGCACCAAAAUCCACAUCUAAAAGCCGAGCUGAAGAGCAGAACCGGCCCAGACGCACGAGAACCAUGAAGAAAAGCACCGCCCUCUGUCCCAGCGGUGCCUCCUCUGAGGAAGAAACACAACCGCGACGGGGACGAUCCAGAAAAGCUCAGAGCUCCGAUGAUGUGGAGAAACCGGAGAAGAUGAGGAUGAGUCGAGAAGAUGAGUGUGGAGAUGGUCUGGAUAUCAGUCUGGAGGACCUUCAGGAGACUGACUCAGAGAUGAACGCAGACUGUGAGGUGCUGAGGAGAGACCUGGGAGUGGAUCCUACCAGAGACUGUGUGAAGGAGCUCAGAAGCUCUGGACAGACAGGAAUACCGAUGCCACACACACAUGUCACACCAGGAGAGCUCUCUGUAGAUGGGAUCCAAUCACUCCUGACCUCCUCUUGGCUCCUCCUACACCACUUUCCAAGCCCCUCCCUGUACCCACACCUGUGCUCGUUGCUCGCCCAGUCACUUGGCCUGUCUGAUCCCGUCACCACAGCCAUGCUUCAUGCUCAGUCACUGGGCGUAUCCUCUCGUCACCACAUGACGCGUCACCUGGCCAGUCGGAUCAGGAAGCUGAAUAAGUCGAGUAGCGAUGUAGCAGAGAGUCUGAGUGGUCUGAGUUUGGAGGAAUCUUCCAGUCAGAUGCAGAAACAGGUUCUGUCUUCACUGGAGAACAUUUACUCCUUCACCUGCACGCAGCCGACUCACUUCCCAGACACACACUGUGGAGAGUUCACACAGCAGAUCAAACACCUGCCUACAGGUGUAACUGUGUGUUUGCUCUCUCUCGUGGGGGUGUGUCCUGGUGAGAUUGGCAGUACACUUCUUAUCACUCGACUAGAGCAGGGCUCCGCCCCCAUCACCAUGAGGAUCCCGACUGCGCAAACACGUCGAUCUAUGGAUGUGCUGCUGGAGGAGAUGGAGGCGGUGCUGCAGGGUCAGAAGAAAGUGAGUGCAGUAGCAGACAAGGCGCAGUGGUGGGAAGGCAGGAAGGCUCUCGAUGCUCGUGUGCAGAAACUUCUUGAGGACAUGGAGGAGGCUUUGGGUGUGUGGCGAGCAUUGCUCCUCCCCAUGACCUCUGACCCUGAACUCCCAGCUCAAAUGAAACGCCUUCAGUCGUCAGUAAAAGGGACCAAGAUCACAGUGGACAUGCUGAAGGUGAUCAUUUCCGCAGCCCCUCUGCUGUCUGUCUCCGAUCUGCAGUCCCUGUGUGAGGGGGCUGGUCUACAGGAUGGAGACCUCCUGAUGCUGCUACAGAAGUGUGUGUGUGAGCUCAGAGGGAGGGAGGAACCUCACGGACACACCGUCCUCAUUCUCGACAAGUAUCUUCAGAAGCUGCCAUGGGAGAAUAUCUCAUGUUUAAAGCCUCGUUCUGUCACUCGUAUGCCUUCACUGCAAUCUGUACUGGGACACGGUCAUCUCCAAGAGGUGGCUCCAGACUGCGUGCUGUCACGUGGUGUUGAUCCUCAACAGGUUUAUUUUGUACUGAAUCCUGACGGAAACCUACCUGAGACAGAGAAUCGCUUCAGGGACUGGUUUACUGGAGAGCGGAUGUGGCAGGGUGUGUAUGGAUCUCCCCCUGAUCCUGAUCAGCUCCAGGAGGCUGUCACCAUUAAAGACUUGUACAUUUACGUAGGACACGGAGCUGGAGCGAGGUUCCUUGACACUCAGCGGCUGCUCCGAGGGAACGUUCACGCUGUGGCACUGCUGUUUGGGUGCAGUAGUGCUGCCCUUAGUGUGCAGGGGAACCUCGAGGGAACCGGAAUCGCCCUCAGCUACCUCGCUGCCGGGUGUCCGUUAGUUUUGGGGAACCUGUGGGAUGUGACCGAUCGUGAUAUUGACCGCUUCACCUCCGCCCUCUUACAGUCCUGGCUGUCCGGGGGCUCGGGCUCCUCGCUGCUCCAACACCUAGUCCGAUCACGCGAUGCCACACACCUUAAGCACAUGAUCGGAGCCGCACCUGUGGCGUACGGCCUGCCUGUACACCUGCGCUAACACACACACACACACACACACACACCAUCAGCUAGCAUCGGUUUGUUUUUGCACUGAGCCUUAGGUGGCCUACUUGUAGUGAUUGUCACAGUAAAUUAAACAGCUUUUACAGCUUCGUUAUUACUGGAUGUAACAUUUUUAAGCUUUAUCACACUUUUAAGAGAUUAUUUAAUCUGUUUAUUUUGAAUUUGUUCAUUGUUUUUAUUAAAUCUCAUUGUUUACUAUUUUAAAUGGAUGUGUAACAUUUCUAACUUGUAUUAAAUUUCUGUAAUCUUU